AUGGCGUCUCGAAAGAAGGUCCUCCUCAAGGUCAUCAUCCUCGGCGACUCUGGUGUCGGCAAGACAUCGCUGAUGAACCAAUAUGUCAACAAGCGUUUCUCUUCGGCGUACAAAGCGACCAUCGGUGCAGACUUCCUAACCCGCGAGGUGAUGGUGGACGACCGACUCGUGACCAUGCAGCUGUGGGACACAGCCGGUCAAGAGCGUUUCCAAUCCCUCGGUGUCGCCUUCUACCGUGGUGCCGACUGCUGCUGUCUCUGCUACGACGUCAACAACGCCAAAUCCUUCGAGACGCUCGAUUCGUGGCGCGACGAGUUCCUCAUCCAAGCCGCCCCGCACGACCCCGAAAACUUCCCCUUCGUCGUGCUCGGCAACAAGAUCGAUGUCGAGGAGAGCAAACGCAUGGUCUCCCAGAAGAGAGCCAUGACGUGGUGCCAGAGCAAGGGCAACAUCCCUUACUUUGAGACGAGCGCAAAGGAGGCCAUCAACGUCGAACAGGCCUUUCAGACCAUUGCUAGGGCCGCACUGCAACAGGAGGCUGAGGCGGAGUUGUAUGCGGACUACCCCGACCCGAUCCGAAUCGACCAGGAUAACCAGCAGAGCGGCUGCAAUUGCUAG